ACGCAUCGAUCAGCAUGACUGGCAGGACUCUGUGCUUCCCAAGUUUAGCUCCUUUUUCUUCCCUCCCUUCCAAGAUGGGACGCAGCUACCGUAGCUUUGCGUCUCAAGUCUCCUCCCUGCAACCAUUGGCCCAUCCAUCGUCACCUCACAGGGAGGAUGGGGACGCAGAAGCGGAAUGGGAUGGCCUAGGAUUUGGCCUGAUGCCGACCGAUUACAUGUACGUGGCCAAGUGUAGCGGGGACCGCAACUUUGGACGAGGACAACUUCGUCUUUUCGGGAACUUUCAAGUGAGCCCCUCCGCCGGAGUUCUAAACUACGGCCAAGGAGUGUUUGAAGGGACGAAAGCACACAGAAAGGAAAAUGGGCACCUACUUCUGUUUCGUCCGGAACAGAAUGCCAUGCGCAUGCGGAUGGGUGCAGACCGAAUGUGCAUGCCUGCACCUUCCGUGGAUCAAUUCGUGAAUGCUCUCAAGCAAACUGCCUUGGCCAACAGGCGCUGGGUUCCUCCACCGGCCAAGGGAUCGCUGUACCUGAGGCCUCUGCUCAUAGGGACGGGUCCCGUAUUGGGUUUGGCCCCGGCGCCCGAAUAUACAUUCCUCAUAUAUGCUUCUCCCGUGGGCACCUAUUUCAAAGAGGGUACGGCACCGCUUAACUUGUACGUGGAGGAGGACACGGAUCGUGCUUCUCGUCGCGGGACCGGAAGCGUCAAAACCAUUUCAAAUUAUGCUCCCGUUCUGAUGGCACAAAUGAGAGCAAAAAACAGGGGAUUCUCGGAUGUGCUGUACCUGGACUCGCAGACCAAGAAGAAUCUGGAGGAGGUGUCGUCUUGUAACAUUUUUAUUGCAAAGGGCAAAAACAUCUCAACACCAGCCACCAACGGAACCAUUCUUGCGGGAAUCACCAGAAAAAGUGUCAUUGAAAUUGCUCGUGAUCUUGGCUAUCAGGUGGAGGAGCGUGCCGUGGGAGUGGAUGAAUUAGCGGAGGCUGAUGAAGUUUUCUGCACUGGUACUGCUGUUGGCGUUGCCCCUGUAGGAACCAUCACUUACAGAGAUGCAAGGAUGGAAUACAGAACAGGGAGGGGAACGAUCUGUCAAGAGCUGAGCUCCACACUCACGGGUAUUCAGACUGGUAAGAUUGAAGAUGGUAGAGGGUGGAUCCAUGAGAUUUUCUAAACUCUGUGUUUUGCUUGUGAACCAGUGUCGGCAAAAAUUUGUAAAUCAACGUCCUGUUUCCUGUACCAUGUCAUGAUAAACAAAAAACCUAUAUAGAACAGCUUAUAA